AUUUCAUCUUUUGACAAAAUGUCAAAUAUCUCAACGGUAAUUAAAAUGUCCUCUCUAUUUCUUUCUCUCUCUCUCUGCCUUCCAUUAUUAUUAUCAUCCACUUGCUGAAGAUUCCCCACUAGAAAGAAAGAAGCAUACGAUUCUCUCCUUACCAUCCUGCUUCGAUUCUCACCAAACAUGGAAGCCCUGAUUCACCACUUCACUCUCCUCUCCGACCAAGCCCUUGUCGACAAAACAUUCGACCCUGCCACGAUCGAAGACCUCAUGCGUCUCUUCGAAGUCGAUUCCUACAAGGCUUGGGCAGCUCUCGAAGCCGAGCAACAACAAGAGCUCGAAGCCGCUGAAGAAUCUAUCCGCGAAGCCGAAGCUGAACUCGAUCGGGAUAUGGAGUGGGGGAUGGAGGAGUACAGGCGGACGUUGGAGGAGAUGGAGAGGAUGGAGGCGGCGGAGCUUAAAGAGCUUGAGGAGAAGGCGGAGACUGCUCGGAGAACGGGGAGUUUAUUGGAGAAAGCUGCUACCAUCGCCGCGAAAAGGCAUAUUGCGGCGGCGAUGGGAUCAGCUGCUGCGUCGAUGAGAUCUGCGUGGAAGACUGCAUCUGGGAACAAAGUUCAUCCUUCUUGAUCGGAGAAUAUGUUCGGUGUGUAGUGAUUCUGAUACAUGAUAAUUAUUAUCGAUAAUGAUCAAUGCAUGGGUCCAUGUAUUAGGAACGUUAGGUGAUGGGUUAUGUCGAUGGUGCCAAAGUGGAUUAUAUUGUAUUAUAUAAUUAUUUCCUUUAAUAAACUUAUCGAAAGAGCUCUCUUUUCAA